AUGAACCCAAUCCUCCUCCUAAAAACCAAAUCCUCCCCUCAAGAUGGCUACGAAGAAUUCUUCUCCGAAAACAACUACACGCCCACCUUCGUCCCCGUCCUAGAACACCGCUUCCACAAACAAAACCUCUCCAAAGUCCGCGACCUAUUCAACGCCGGCGCAUUCACAACAAGCAAUGCAUCCAAUGCGAACACUAAUCCCACAAAGAAAUAUGGUGGCUUAAUCUUCACCAGCCAGCGCGCCGUAGAAGGCUUCGCGCAAAUGAUAGAAGAAGACGGUUCGCUCCACACCUCUCCCACAUCAAAGCGCCAAGCACAAGCAGCUAACAAACCAACCCCAGGAAUUGCCGUUCCCUCAACACCGCUAACGCUGUACACCGUCGGGCCAGCGACAGCGCGCACGCUCGCCGCGCUGGUCGAGAAACACCUUCCAGGCGCGCGCAUCUACGGCGCGGAGAGCGGGACGGGCGAGAACCUCGCGCAUCUGAUCCUCGAGCACUAUAACGGACUACAUGGCGGUGACUAUGGUAGUAAGCCUGCGCUGCUGUUUCUUGUUGGGGAGGUGCGGCGCGAUGUCAUUCCGCGGACUUUGAUGGAUAGCGGGCUUGGGCAGGCGAGGAUUGAGGUUGAGGAAGUUGUUGUUUAUGAGACUGGGGUUAUGGGGGGUUUUGAAGGGGAGUUUGGGGAAUUGAUGAGGGUUUAUAACGGGGAAGAGGAUGAGGGAGAGGAUGGGGGAGGGGUGGUUUGGGUUGUUGUUUUUUCGCCGACGGGGUGUGAGGCUAUGUUGAGGGUCCUUGGGUUUGGGCCUUUUGCUUCGGGGGAUGGGGCUCGAAUUAGGACGGGGAAUGGGAAUGGGAGGGUAUUCGUUGCUACUAUUGGGCCUACGACGAGGGACUUUUUGCGGCAGGAGUUUGGGUUCGAGCCGCAUGUUUGUGCGGCUAAGCCUACUCCUCAGGGUAUUUUGGAGGGAAUUCAAGGGUUUGUGGGGGUUUGA